AAUACGAUUCCAGAUCGAAUUUAAGUACAAUUAAGCUGUUAAUGUUGCUAUAAGAAUUUAGAAAUAAUAAAGACAAAAAGACCGCGAAACUGAGAAACUGAUGACAACAUUGUAAUUCAGUUAUCGGAAAUUUUCAACACUGGCGGUCUAUUGUUUAUUAUUUUUCUUCGCAUAUUUUUGUUUACAAUGUGCAAUGUGGAUGCUCUGAAAUGGAAUCAGAACCAGUUGCUGCUAGAAAUCACUUCCCUGUUACAGACCACAUCCCAACCCAGCGAUGCCAAUGCCCUCGUGUUGAACCAAGAGAUGCAACGUCGCCUGGAGCAGGUGAAGGCCAAGAUUCACAUCCUUCUGAAGUCGGUGAGAGCACGAUAUGCCCGUAAUGAGGAGAUUCUGGUGCGACGUCUUAAGCCACGCUCCAGACAGGAUGAAGCUAUCUGCCAAUCUGGAGCUAUACUGCGAGGCGGAACCUUUCGCUUUAAAGGAAACCUCUAUUUCCGCGAUGUCGAUGGACGCAGUUGUCCCAACAAUGAGGAUUACGAACGUCGCUGUGCCGACGAAAUGUUUCCCACCGACUUCGACAUGCGUUCCAAGCAUGUGUGGACUAUCUUGGACAAGAAGAAUGUGGUAAUGGGGGUCAAGCAGCAGUUGUUGGAUUAUACUAUAUAUAAGAAUCAGUUAAAGAUACAGAAUGUUUUAAAGCGCAAAGCAGUGGAUCAACACACAAAAUCGCUGGUCAGCCUGAUGGCUGCUGUGGAUGGGAACUUUAGUAUUGAUUGGAAUCAAAUCAGCACCAUAGAUGUGGCAUAUCGCCAUUCAUCCUACAGCUGCGAGGCUAUGUGGCAGGUCUAUUUGGAUCCUAAAAUUCGCCGCGAUGAUUGGACAGAAGAGGAAGACGAAGCCCUGGCAGAAGCAGCUAAAUCGUAUCAAAUGCAGAAUUGGCAAGCCAUCGCCUCAUCUCUAGAUGGCCGUUCAGAUUAUCAAUGUUUUGUACGUGUCCAGACCACUUUGCGAAGCUCUGUGAUUGCUGCAUCGUCAUCAUCAUCGUCGCCCAACUUGUCGAGUGGCGGCGUAAAAUGGUCCGAAGAGGAAAAUGAGAAACUAAUAAGUAUGGUGGAGAAGAAUACUAUGAAUGGUCAGGUUAAUUGGCAACGGGUGGUAGAACAUUUUCCUGGUAAAUCCAAGUCGACAAUCAUCGGAAGAUAUACCUAUGUUCUCCAUCCGAGCAUAAGCCAUGACCCCUUCAGCUCCAGAGAAGACAUGAUGUUAUUUGCUGCCGUCGAGGAGUACGGCGGUAAAUUCCAUUGCUUUCCCCGAUCCCUAUUCCCGAAUCGGUCUUUGGCCCAAUUACGGACACGUUAUCACAAUGUUUUGGCUCAACGUGACAAAACCGACGCCUGGUCCGAAUUAGAUGAUACUAAGUUAAUGCAGUUUGUUACAGAGCACGGCGCCACGCAGUGGGUGAAUUGUGCCGCGUUUCUGGGUAACCACACCAGAACUAGUUGUCGUACUCGCUAUUUGGUGAUUAAGCGCUUUCUAGAGAGGAAUCCUUCAGCAACAGUGCAGGAUUUUCCAAGGCGCAAGAAAACUAAAAACAGUCAGGUUACUUCUGAGAAUUGGGCUCAACGUUUGCAAGAAUGGCAUGAUAAUCCUGAUUCCCUGGCAGCCGCCGAAACCAAACCACCAAAGCCCAAGAGAACCAGACGAAAGAAGCCUAAAGUGGAUGAUCCUAUUAAUAAUAGCUAUAUGAGAUCACUAAAGGGAAUGGAUUUACAGAUUUAUAAUUAUUUUAAAUAUAGCUACAAUUUGAAAUUGAACGAACCAAAUAGGCCUAUAUCUCUGCCAAGAGAUGCAACGAAUCUCGAGAGAGUGGUUAAAUCUUUGGCCUAUAAACAACCUGCAGCGAAUCUAUUUAAGCCAAUACAAUCGCCGACAUUGCCCAAAAGCUUGAGUCAGUGUUAUAACACAAUGUUCUUUAAAUUAGAUACAAACCACAAUGAAGCCUCUCCAUCCGAGUCAUCAUUGUUAUUGCCUCCUAGCUGGUCCACAAUGAUGGGUUUUCGUGCCAUGUGCAUUUUAUCGGGCCAUUGUCGUAGCCAGUCGUCGGUUGACACCUCUACAUUCGUGUAUGACGAAUCCUCGCCAGCAGUUCAACUAUUUCGGCAACGUUUGCGGUCCUUGUUUUAUCGAACAACCUUGCUCAGCCGCCUGGAGGUGGAAAUAUUUAAGGAUCUACCAGGAGCAUUGGUAGCCAGUCCACGUCCGCCAGUAAACACUGUAUCGCCGGUGAUUGAAGAGUUACCCAAGGAGAAAAAGACACAACAAAAACAACAGGAACGUCCAAAUGCCAGGAAGAUUUUAUCCCAAGAUGAUGUAAAGAAGCGGGCUAGCAAUCAAAUGAAACAAAUUGAGCGCUUGAUAGAGAAGCAAAAGAAAUGCAAAACGGAACCCAUGAGUGAAGACGAAAUUAGUUUAAAGCAAGAAUUUCUGUCCGAAGAUGAUGGAGAAGCAGAGAUUACAUAAAACUUUCCAUUUACAUCGUAAACAUUGCAUUUAAUAAAUAAACAAAGGAAAUUUAUAACUUUGUCCUGGUUUAUCUCGAUUCGUGACAUAAAGAUACUUUUUUUUGACAAUACGCA